AUGACUUUAGGUUAUAGUAUUUUUGAAAAUUGUAUCUCUCUUGUUAGUAUUAACUUACAACGUGGUGUUGAAAGAAUUGAAAAUGACUGCUUUAGAAGAUGCAUUGCAUUAGAAACAAUAACUAUUCCAGAAGGAAUACGGUCAAUUGGAAGCUUUUGUUUUGCCGAAUGCAUAUCAUUGAAGAAUAUUGUUUUCCCUUCAAAUUAUAUCUAUAUUUCAUCAUGUUGCUUUUACAAAUGUGUGAGUUUAUCACAUCUCAAUCUUCCUAAGUCAUCAGUAAAUUUUGGUUCAUAUGUUUUUGAUUCCACAUCGAUUUCAUCGGUUACCAUUCCAGAUAGAUUAGAGUAUGGAUUAUUUAAUAUGUGUGAUAAAUUAGAAAAAGUGGAAUUCGCUAGUGAUAUCAGCAUAUAUUCAAUUCCAGAAUAUUGUUUCAACUCAACAGGUUUAUCUGAAAUUACAGUCCCAUCAUCUGUUUCAAGGCUUGAAAAAUUCUGUUUCGCAUUUACAAAACUGAAGAAAUUUGUUAUUACCAAAUCAAUCACAUGGAUACAUCCCCAGGCAUUUUAUGGUGCUGAAGAUCUUGAAUUGGAGAUAAGCUGUGAUCAUCCAAAAUAUUUGUUGGGAACGUAUGAACUUAUUGAAAAAGAAACUUAUAAAUUAGUGAUGACAUAUAGAAAGUUAUUGUCAACAUAUAUUGUUCCUUCUUAUGUCAAAGAAAUUGGAAAUAAUGCAAUCAAUUCAUAUCCAAAAUAUAAUUACACGACAGGAAAAGUUAUUGAUUUUGGUUUAACAACUUUAGUAAUUAGGACGAAAUUAAUAAUAGAACAAAAUCCAAUAUUCAACGCACCAUAUUUGCACAAUCUUUGUUAUGGUGGAAAUGUUAAAGUUGAUGUGUUUUUGGAUGUUCCGCGAAUUUUUGUAUCUGAUAUUUACAUUAGGUCGAUAUGGAACGAAAAACCAAGAAAGGAAGUUAUUUUCAGUGAAUGUGAUUCUGCAGUUCCUUUCGAGAAUUAUGCAAAGUAUGGAUUAUACAUAUCCUAA